UUUUCAGACGGACCCCCCUUUCCGUUCCCCACGUGCUUUCUCCCACUAGAGUCCGGCAGUGAAGCGGUUAAGCCCGCGGCGGAAGCAUCCUGUGCGGAGCCGCGUCACCGCACAGUCACAUCCCGAGCGGUCGCACGUAUCCCUCCUCCGCUGCCGCAGCUCUAAUAAAGACCCGGUGCUGGAAAAGAGCAACGAAAUCCGGCAACCGGAUACACCGACAAAGACAUUGGCUCCGCCCCCUGCUGCCGCCUUCCCCCUGCUUCCGGACUGUUUCCCCUGUGUGAGCCGGGAGGGGGCGGCCUGCGGCCUGAGCGCUACGAUCGGGGGACAUCCCGGCUCGACUGGACUAUUUUAUCUCCGGGCAAGGAAAAUGGCGACUGGAUUUUGAGCUCGGCGACUGAGAACUGGGAGGUGGAUAACGGCAGGAAGCGAGCGACGAGGAAGAGAGGAGAUCGGGACGGCAGAGCCGGGGCAUGGAGUAGAGAAGGCCGGGGAGGCCGUAGCCGCAGACUGGGGCGCCUUGCUUCCCCUCUGCCCCCAAACUCCCGGACGUAGUAUCGGGUGAGGGGUGAGAUGCUGCCCCGGCCACUGUAGAGGUCGCCCUAAAGGGGAUAGUCAGAGUUUUUGGCCAGGGAUGGAUGAUCAGAAACCAUCCAGCGAGGACAAAGAAUCUGAAGCGUCAGCUGAUGAAAAUGCCUCUGAUGUGGCCUGUGAAGCGGAAGCAGAUGAGCCCAGUAAUCCAUCGCCAACUGCAGGUGUUGUAGGUGAUGGCACUGUCGUGGGCACGCCAUGUAGCAGGCGCUGUGCUCUCUGCAACUGUGGAGAAUGGAGUCCACAGGGACAGCGGGAACUCCUACGGUUUGAUCCUUCUCCAGGCCGCCCACAACUGGAUCCUGCUCUGUGUCGGGUACAAGAGAUCGGCACAGAGUACUUGGAUCCUUCUGUCAUUGGGUUUGCUGAGUCCGUGUUACCAGAGGAGCUCUUUGAACCUUCAGGUCACUGCUGGGUUCACUACUGGUGUGCGUCUUGGUCAUGUGGAGUCCAGAAUGUGGAAGGAACUGGACUGACUAAUGUGGACAUAGCUGUAUUCUCAGGGAUAUCACAGAAAUGUGAAUACUGUAAACGGAUGGGUGCUACCAUUCAGUGCCACUCGAAAGGGUGUCUGCGCCGAUAUCAUUUUCCAUGCGCUGCUGCGAGUGGAUCCUUCCAGUCAAUGAAGACCUUAAAAUUGUUGUGCACAGAGCAUGUGGCAGAAGAGCCUGGAAUGGAUGACUCGUGUUGCAUGCUAUGUAACAAGCCCGGUGAUCUCACAGACCUCCUGUUCUGCACCAGUUGUGGACUGCACUAUCACGGUUCCUGUCUGGAGAUUACCGUAACCCCAUUGAAGCGCUCUGGCUGGCAGUGUCCUGAGUGUAAAGUGUGCCAAAGUUGCAGAAAACCUGGCAAGGACUCGGUGAUUGUGUGUGAUGCUUGUGACAAAGGAUAUCACGCGUUCUGUCUGAAACCUGCCACCGAGGAUCUGCCUGCAGGCUCAUGGAAAUGCAAGAAUUGCCGUGUCUGUCGAAUCUGUGGCUCUCACACAGCACAGUUGGAGCCUGGGAGUCCAUGGUAUGAGAAUUUCUCUGUGUGCAAGAAAUGCCAAGAGCAGCGAUGCAUGGCAGAGCCCUGUGUUCAGUGUAAUCAGCCUGGCUCCUUGGAGAACAUGAACCAGUGCCCCAAAUGCUUAAAGUUCCAUCAUUCACAUUGUGCACAGAGGUGUGACUCGCUGGCGCACAGCACGAGCUGUCCAUCAUGUAGCAAACAGCAGGCCGCCGUACAGAAGAAAGAUGAAGAGGACAAGAGUGUUGAGAUCCCGAAUACAGCCCUCUCAGAAUGUGAAGCCAAACCACUAGAAGUUUCAACAAUUGAUGAAGAUGGGCUUGGUUCUUCAGACAACGAAGCUGCUGAGGCUCCAGAGAUUCUUCCCAACACCCCCCCGCUGCCAAUCGAGACCAGAAGUCCUCCUCCUUUGGAAGCAGAACCAUCACACCAGGAGAGGACAUUUGACCCAUGUGCACCACUUGAGGAGGCUCCUGUUCUAGUCACAGUGGAAGAUGAAGAUAUGGAAGUUGAGGAAGAAGGCACAGAAUUCAUCCAUCACCAGAAACAAAUGGUGUCUUCACGUUCACAAAGUUUUUCUCACCAGACAUCAUCAUUUAUACCUUCAACUCCAGAUAGGACUCGGGCAAAUGCCUCUGCAGAUGAGGACACACAACCUAUGGACUCACUGAGCCUAGAGGAUGGAACCUGCCAGAGUCCUACUAGGACUAAAGAGGACCCUUGCAAUCGUUUAUUUCAGCAACCAUCAGACUCUGAAAUGAUCGUGGACUCUGAUGAGCCUCCUUGUAAGUCUGCAAGAGGAACAUUAAACAAUGACAACAUAAGAGGUCAAGAUGUUGCAGGGGAUUUAUCUGCGGACAAAGUUCAGAUGCCCAUAAGAUGCACUAUCAUCAAGUCAGACAUAGUAAAUGAGAUCUCCAAUCUGAGCCAGGGAGAUACAAGUGGUAGCUUUCAUGGCUAUGAUGCUUUAGGUUCACCUGACCCUGAGGGCGGGUCCCUCUGUAUGGAGAUGUGCUUGCACAAGGAGGAUGGCUCUUUGAGGCUGUGCACAGACUCUAUGCCCGAAACUGAUGACUCUCUCUUAUAUGACCCCUCUAUUGGGAAGUUAGAUGGGGAGAAGUCAAGACGGAAGUGCUCUCCCGGGCGAUCUAGAGUCAAACACGGUCGAAGCAGCAGCUUUCCUGGAAGGCGACGACCCCGUGGAGGUAGUAGCGCUGGUAGCAGGGGCAGAGGAAGAUCAAGAUUAAAGUCUACGACCUCUUCCAUUGAGACUUUGCCGAUGGUAGAUCCUGAAGGCUCUCCAGAUAAAGAGGAGGAGGAAGAGGAGGAUGAUACCAUGCAGAACACCGUGGUGCUCUUUUCCAACACAGACAAAUUUGUGCUCAUGCAGGAUAUGUGUGUUGUUUGUGGCAGCUUUGGACGUGGCUCAGAGGGGCAUCUUCUAGCAUGUUCCCAGUGUUCCCAGUGCUAUCACCCCUACUGUGUAAACAGUAAGAUUUCAAAGGUGAUGCUGCUUAAGGGCUGGCGAUGUGUGGAGUGCAUAGUUUGUGAAGUGUGUGGUAAGGCCACAGACCCAUCUCGCUUGCUGCUUUGUGAUGACUGUGACAUCAGUUACCACACGUAUUGCCUCGACCCUCCUCUGCACACUGUACCCAAGGGCGGUUGGAAAUGCAAAUGGUGCGUUUGCUGCAUGCAGUGCGGAUCGAUCAGCCCAGGAUUCCACUCCGAAUGGCAGAACAAUUAUACACAUUGUGCGCCUUGUGCUAGUUUGGUCUGCUGCCCUGUUUGCCGCCUCAACUAUAUGGAGGGGGAUCUUUUGAUACAGUGUCAAAACUGUGAGAGGUGGUUGCACGCAGUUUGCGAGAACCUGUUUACUGAAGAGGAGGUAGAGGAAGCAGCAGAUGAAGGCUUUCAUUGCACGUCCUGUCAACCGUUCAUCAUAAAACCAGUUGUUCCAAUAAUCCUUCCGCCAAGUCCAGUUAAGGUGAAAGAACCAGAGCCUCAAUAUUUCCGUUUUGAGGGAGUUUGGUUGACCGAGGCAGGUAUGGCCUUGUUGCGCAGCCUCACGUUAACGCCUCUUCAGAAAAAGAAACCAAGGCGUUCCCGAGUGAGUACUGGAGGAGAGAUUUUCUUGGAUGGCCCAGAACAUGGUGCAUGUGAUGACAGGAAGGACGGAGAUGCAGAGUGUGAUGAUCCCAAAGCAGAUGGUGGCAAUAAUGAACUCAUGGAGUGUGAAAUUAAGCUAGAACCUCCAGGUACCCCUGAGCGUGAAGCCGGAGGAGAAGUGGAGGUUGUCAAAGGGGUUGAAGAUGCAGAUGAUGCCAAGAAAAAGAAAAGAAAACCAUAUAGGCCAGGAAUUGGUGGCUUUAUGAUCAGACAGAGGAAAACUCACACUCGGUCGAGGAAGGGACACGCAGCAUUUUUGGAGGCCUUUCGUGAAGACCAGAACCGAGAUAUUCACCAAGAGGAUGCCCCUCCAGAGACUCCUGCAGAAGGUGGCCAAGAACCUGGGACAACAGAGACUGAGGAGAAGAAGAAACGACGAGGCAGAAAAAAGAGCAAACUUGAGGAUAUGUUCCCAGCAUACUUGCAGGAAGCGUUUUUUGGCAAGGAGUUGAUGGAACUCAGCAAACAAGCGCUUCUUGCUGCUCGUCCGGUGCAACAAAAGGUGAAAAGUGCGCAGAGUAUACCAUGUCCUGCCUCUGGAACAGCUCCAACCUCGCAGUUGCCCCAACAAAACACAGCGGAGACUAUGGCUGCCUCUAGUUCUGCAUUACCUCAUGAAGAUUCUGAUAGCAAUGAAACAAAGCUCGAAAAUUCAGAGGUUGCGUCAGAGACUGGGGCCCUGAGUGUUGCUGCUGCCCACACUGCAGAGAGAAUUCCGAUGCCUCUGCCAGAGGGAGCCCUCGGCUCGGAUCUGGAUAAAAUCUCCACGGAGGAGAUCCCCAAGAUGGAAAGUACAGACAUUCAGCAGCUUCUAAAGGAUGUGCUUGGUACCCCUGAGUGUGAACAGUCUGUUAACAGGCCAGCUGGAAGGAUCGAGGGCCACAUGGCAACUGGAUCUGUAAUUCAGGGUCCCAGACCCUUUCUUCAAAGCAUUACAGGUGCUUCCCUGUCUUCUAAUGUUCAGGUGGAUCCUUUUUCUCAGUCUGGCUUCUUGGACUCCAGAAGUGGUCUGUUCAGUCCUGAGCACUGUGACACGGAUAGCUCGCUGACCACAGCCUCCACCCCCACUACACCCACCACAGAGGGAGAAAACGAUGGUCUUUCCUACAACCAACGUAGCCUGCAACGCUGGGAAAAAGAUGAGGAGUUAGGGGAGCUCUCCACCAUAUCUCCUGUCCUUUACGCAAAUAAAAAUUUCCCCAACCUUAGGAAGGACUAUCCAGACUGGUCGACUCGAUGCAAGCAGAUCAUGAAACUGUGGAGGAAAGUACCAGCCCAAGACAAAGCUCCUUAUUUGCAAAAGGCCAAAGACAAUCGUGCAGCACAUCGUAUAAACAAGGUACAGAAGCAGGCUGAAAGUCAAAUCAACAAGCAGUCCAAAGUAGAAGGAGUACGAAAAGCAGAGCGUCCCGUUCUUCAGCUUCAGAUUCCUAUGCAUCCUGGUUCACAGUCUGGAGCAAGCCAUGACUAUCGCGGUACAGCUUCAACAGGACAGGAUGUCUACAUAUCUAGUGGCUCUGCAAUGUCUACCUCCUCAGACUUGUUUCUGAAACCGUCUUCAGCAGGCACUCCUGGAGCAGAGUCUUCUGCUGACAUGUUCUUCAAAUUGCCUCCUCAGUCUCCAUCUCAGGAGCCCUUUCCUAGUUCUCCUGCAUAUUCUUUGGACUCCCGAUAUCCGUCUUCCUUGACACAGUCACCAGCCUCUGCUGGGGGUUUUCAGACUCUUUCUGGAGCAGAGCACCAACCUGCACUGAAUACACAGAAUGCUUCAUGUGUGGAAUAUCAGCCUUCGCGUGCAACCACUCCCCAUCAGCCAGAGUCAUUUGUCAAGCCACGAUAUCCAACCGGAUCUCUCGAUAACCUUUCACUAAUGGGGAGCCCUAGCUCAAGGUCUUUUCAACUAAAUGAGUCCUCCAGCAAAACCGAAACCAUGCUGUCUCCUACACGUUACAGUGAUACCAAGAGACAGACUGACGGAAUUCUCCUUCAAAUAAAAAAGGAAGAAGUUGGGCUUGGCUCUCCUGGCUUUCCACACAGCACUUGUUCUGAUGGAACACCUGAGAUGAAAUGUGAUGUGUUCAAGGCUCCCCUAACCCCUCGAAUGUCUCAGCUAGAGCCUCACAGUCCAGCUCCAUCCCAUAGGGAAACUCAUAUUCAAGCACAAAUAACAUCACCUCAACAUCAUUCAGAAAUGUACAGACAGACUUCAGUAUCUGCAUAUAAUGACCCUUAUGCUCAGCCUCCAUUAACGCCUCGACCUCAGCCCUUAGAAGGUAGCUUGUCGAGUCGGCCCCUGACUUCUGACCCUUUCAACCGUAUUCCAACAAGCCCACAAUCCCAGGGAAGUUCCCAUUCCCCUUUGACCCCUAGACCAUUGUCAACUGAAGCAUUUUGUCCCUCGCCAGUGACACCACGAUUUCAGUCUCCAGACCCAUAUUCCCGUCCACCUUCGCGGCCCCAGUCACGAGAUCCAUUUGCCCCACUUUAUAAACCUCCACGUCCUCAGAUGAUAGAAACUGGUUUUAAACCAACUGCACAACUUUCUCACUCCAAUCCCGUCGGUACAACCUACCAACAGUCUUUAGAUGUUCACCAAAAGGCUCAAGGAGGCCAACAAAGUUUAUUUUCUCGUUCUCCAGGAGCAAAUGUCUAUCAAAAUUCUCAAAAUCAGUUAUGUUUCACUUUUCCUCAUUCCCCUGGAGAUGGUGUCAAAAGCUCUCCCUCCCACCAGCAGCAUUCAACCCCCAUCCAUUCACUGAACAGCCAUUUUACACCAAGCAAGCCACAAAUCUAUACUUCUCCAAACAGCAGUACCUCCUCAUCCUUCCACCCUGCAGGCAGUCCACACUCCUCUGGAAACAGUAACACUUCAGAAGCUUAUGUCCAGUCUCCACUCCGACCUCCUUCAGCUUUACCCCAAGAACCAUCCUAUCAGUCCCCAGCUACUAACCAGCGUGCAGGUCUCAACUCUCCAGCUGAAAAACCCAGAGAAGAUAUUGCUGCUAUUCCAAAUACUCUUGGCAAUGCUGGUAGGGAUGUACCAGAACUACAAGGAACAACCGAUGCUUCUCUAAGCAACCUCAGUCAGUCUGAGCAAGAGAAACAAAGACAGCGCCAAAGGCUAAGAGAACUCCUCAUAAGGCAGCAGAUCCAGAGAAAUACCUUAAGACAGGAAAAGGAAGCUGCUGCAGCAGCUAUGAGUACUUCGCAAACCGGAUGGACUGGAGAACCAAGUGGACAAGGUUAUGAUCAGUCAGGUCGUGUAGUGAUGUAUCCUUCACAGCAGGAAAAGGUUGCUGUUGGAGUGAUCACUGCUUCUCCAGGGGCUGUAAAAGUUCCGGGACAGAUAGUGACAUCAACCCCAUUUCCACAGGAGGAACGUUUGAAUGCUCCUUUGCCUUCUGCAUCUCCUGUUUCUGGUGAUGGCUCUGCCAGACAUUCCACUGAAGGAACACAAGCCUUGUUUCCAAGGGGAUCUUAUUCUGAUCAACAGCAUAUAUGGCAAUCAGCAGUCACAGGGCAAAGGACUUUGGCAUCGGUUCGGUUCCCUGAAGGGAAUAGGCUGCCUUCAACCCCAACAGUGAAUAGUGGAGGCGUAGUUCGCCUGCCAUUUCCUGGUGAUCAGGUCACUGUUGGUGGGGCACCAUAUAUUGAAUUGCGCCAUCAUGGCCAAAAACUACCUGUUGGAAUUCCCUUUUCACCACCUGGCCCUCAGAAUAGGCCUCGCUUCUAUGUUCCAGGGGAAGGUGCCAAUACCUCUGUAAUAACAGGAGUAAUGAGAGGGGAUGGAAAUCCAUUGCAAGUACCUGUAAUGAGAAGUCCUUUAAUGCAGCAUCAAAAAACUUUGCCUCCAUCUCUUGCUCAUGCGGGAACUGUAGGUGUUUCACAGGUUAUACAAGCAAAAGUUUCAACAGAAAUUACACAACAGCAAGCUAAUGUUCCUCUACAAACCAAUCCACCUGCUGAAAGCUCUAAGGAAGGAUCAGCUCCAAAGGAUCAGCUCCCUGGCCUUGCAAGUGGGAGAGUCCAGUGUGAGGAUCCACCGGAACUAGAUGUUGAUUUUGAUACACAUAAAGACCUGGAAGAUGAUGAUCUGGCUAAUUUAAGCCUUGAUGUUGCUAAAGCUGAUGAUGAUUUGGAUAAUCUUGACAAUCUUGAAACAAAUGACCCUCAUUUAGAUGAUCUUUUAAAUGGAGAUGAAUUUGAUCUUCUUGCUUAUACUGACCCAGAAUUGGACACAGGUGACAAAAAGGACAUCUUCAAUGAACACUUGCGUUUAGUUGAGUCUGCAAAUGAGAAAGCUGAAGAAGAGGCAAUGCUUAAGCUGGAGCCAGAUAUUGUGGAGACUAAAAAUGAAAGCCUUCCAAAAGAGUUGCAAGCUAGUGGAGACUUGACCAAAGCUAGACGGCCUGGGGAUAUGAGACUGGAUUUGGGUUCACAUCUUUCUGCUAGUAGUAACACUUCUCAAGUUCCUUCGAGUGAGGAACCAAAGCCGUCUGCGUUUACAGAGGAAUUAAAGCCAAAGCUAGAAGAGGGUGACCUGAAGACCAACAACUGUCAAUAUUCUGGUAGCAAUUCCAUUAAUAUUAAAAGUGAAAUGCCUCUUGGCUCCGCAAAAACUUCACUUGGAGCAAGUGUGUUAAAAACAGGAGCUAAUCUUCAUUCAGUGAAUUUAAACUCUGUCCAAACAAUAAACCAGAGUGGACUCCUCUUCCCUAGCAAAGAUUCCUCUACUGCAACUAAUCCAAGUAGCCUAAUCUUGGGAAAAUUUGAGCUGGAUGAAGGAACACUUGGUCUGCAAUCUUCACGCCACUCUCCUGCUGAUGAUCUAGAUAAGAUGGAGAGCUCGCUUGUAGCAAGUGAACUUCCUCUUCUUAUUGAAGACCUUCUUGAACAUGAAAAAAAGGAACAGCAGAAAAAGCAGCUACUGUCUGCACAGCAUUCAGAAAGUGGACAGCCUCACUCAAUGAUUAGUACUGCUAUGCCCAACCAGCCAAGACCUCACCUUCAUCAGGAAAGUCAUCAAGCAAACCUUGUAGGACUGGGAAUUGUGCCUAGGCAUCAGGGGUUAGGUUCUACCCAACAAAUGUUAACUUCUCAACAGCAGAUGCAACAGAGACUUGUUGGUGUGCAAGCCAACUCUACUUUAGAGUCCCCCAUGCAUGUUUCUGCUAACCAGAGUCAUUUGAUUAGUGGUCAGCACAUGUUACAAGCUACUGGACCUCAACAACAGGCUCUCCCUCCCAAGACAAUCAUGGGGCAACAAAUGGUCAUGAAGCAGCAACCGAUGGUCAUGCCACAGCAGCAGCAGCUGACAAAUAACCCUUUCCCUGACACAGAUCUUGAUAAGUUUGCUGCCGAGGACAUUAUAGAUCCAAUUGCCAAGGCAAAAAUGGUUGCUCUGAAGGGAAUAAAAAAAGUGAUGGCACAAGGUAGCAUUGGCGUCACUCCCGGCAUUAACAGGCAACAGGUAUCUCUCCUUGCUCAAAGGCUUGGAGUUCCAGGAGCCACUGAUUCUACCACCCAAGGUCCUGGUACUGGAACUGCUCAAGAAAAAAAUCCCAUUGAUCCCACGCAGCCACGACCCAAUCCUCCUGCAUUUGUCCAGGGAGUGAUCAAUGAAGCAGACCAGCGUCAGUAUGAAGAAUGGCUUUUCCACACUCAACAGCUCUUGCAAAUGCAACUGAAAGUGUUGGAAGAGCAAAUUGGUGUGCACCGGAAAUCCCGCAAAGCUUUGUGUGCGAAACAAAGAACAGCCAAGAAAGCUGGGAGAGAGUUUCCAGAGGCAGAUGCAGAGAAGUUAAAACUGGUAACUGAACAACAAAGCAAGAUCCAGAAGCAGCUGGACCAGGUUCGUAAACAGCAGAAGGAGCAUACAAACCUGAUGACAGAGUAUAGAAACAAGCAGCAGCAACAACAACAGAACUGUGGCAUCCUUCCUGUGAGUCCAAACCAAAACUCCAGGGUGUUGACCAAAGCACCAGGUUCAAUAGUCAGUGGACACGGUAUACAACCGCCAUCAUCUUUGCCACACAACCAGCUUGUCGCACAAGCUGCAAAUCUACGUGGCCUACAGCCAGGUUUAGCCAUGCAAACACAACAUGGUGCUUCUUAUGUGAAGUCACUACCCCAGCAGCAGCAUCAAGCUCAGGGAAAUAAUGCAGUCCUUCCUGGAACCUCUGGCGGUUUUUAUUCAACUCCUCAGGCCCUGCAGGGUCUAACUCCGGAGCAAAGGAUGAUUCAAGAACGUCAACUUCAGCAACAGAGAUUGCAGUUAGUGCAGAAACAGCAGCAACAACAUCAGAAUUUUCCACUUUCCCCUCAGAGCAACUUAUCCCAAGCAAUUUUGACCAAGCAGCAUGGGUUAAUUGGAAACUCGCAUGGACUGGUAGUACAACAGUCUCCCUCCCAAGUUCCUCAGACUGUUAUGGGUCAUCCUCAGUCUUCUGCUUUACUGCAUCACACAGCCCAGCAAAGACAUAUUUUAAUUGGUCAGCAACCGCAAAGAGUUUUGGGUCCAUCUCCAGUGGCGCAACAAAAUGUUGUAGGGCCUCACCUUGUGUUGUCACAACCUCAGCAAAAUUUGAUUGGAGUGACACAUCUCCAACAGCAGACAGUGUUAAGUCAAGCCGGAAGUACAUUAGGGCAACAGACUGUAACAGGGCAAACCCUGUCUGCAACUUUAAGCCUAUCUGGUCAUCCUCAAAAUAUUCACACGCAACAAAACAUGAAUAGCAAGGAUGGAGACCUGAGUGAGGGCUCACUACGUCAUGAAAGCACAGAAAUUCAAGGACAGCAACAAGGUGUUCAACAGGCAAAUAGCAGCCCAGGAACACGAGAACCCAUUGAUCAGCGGCCUCUGGAACAGCGGAGUCAUUCAAUUGGCCCCGUGAACCAAGAAACUAAUUUGCAAGCUCCACUAAUGGCAGAGGACAGCCAAAAGUUAAAUCAGUCUUCUGAUCAAGAACAUGCGCUAUAUGAUUCAAUCAGUCCACUGCAGCCAUCUGUAAGACAGCAGCACCAUGGUAUUUUGUCUCCACAACCGGGUGUGCAGAGUCUUGGGGCCCAGCUAAGGCCAGAUCAAGUGCAAAACACUACUCCGAAUCCUCUCCAUCAAGAUAACCCUCACACUUCUGCUGCCCCAUCACAGCAACCAAAUCUGGUCCAGGUACAGAGGAUUGUAGGUCAAAGUCCAAUACAGAUGCAGGGUAAUGAACCGGCCAAAGAUAAUUUGGGACAGCACCUACCUAAUACAUUAGGGCAACAGAGACCAUCAGCUCCAUAUGCCUCUAACCUGAUGGCAUUACAAAACACCCAGCUCAUGGCUCACAUAAGAGCUCAGCUUCAGGGAAUUAUUGCAAAGAAUCCACAGUUGCGUCAUUUAACGCCCCAACAACAGCAGCAAUUACAGGCAAUUCUUAUACAGAGACAUCAGCAAGCUCAGAGCCAAGCUCUUAGACAGGCUACGAGUCAGGAUCCAUUGCAAUCUGCCCAGUCCAAUUCUUCAGGUCCAAAUGGUGCUGCUGGAAAUCAGGCACCCCUAGGAGGGGGUUUCCAAGUUCGACAGGGAGUAACUGAACAAGCGCCUUUUGUCGAAGAAAAUUCUACUGCAGCUAUACAGAAUGUUAAACUAGAAACCACGGUAGAAACACCGCAAGCUUCUGAACUUGAUCAGAACUCCUUGUUAAAAUCUCCAGGGGGAAGAUAUACUAGUCAGCAUCAGGAGACUGCUUCAGGCCAACAAUCUCAGACGACUUCAGGCGUAAGACUUAUGACCCACCAACCUCCACCUCAGUAUAGAUUGCCUCAGCUAGUAUCAUCAGCUCACCAACAGGCACUACAGUAUCAAAUGCAGCAGCAAGCACAUCAGCAGCUGCAGCAGCCUCAGCAAAAUCAGCAGGUGCAGUUGGGGCAGACACAACAGGGUCAGUCUGUUCAGCUGCCACAAGCCCAGCAAAUACAGCAGGUGCAGGCACAACAGAUACCACAAGUACAACAAAUUCAGUUACAACAGCCUCUUCAAAGUCAACAACAGCUGCAGCAAAUGCAACAGUCCAAACAGCAAGUACAGCAGUUGUCUCAGCCUCAGCUAGUACAACAUCAAAUACAGCAGGUACCACAACAGCUCCAGCAAGCACGGCAGCAGCAGCAACUGCAUGUGACUCAGCAACAACUACAUCAAAAGCAAAUGACGCAAGUUCAACAUCAGUUGCAAGCACAGCCAUUGCAGCAAACAGCUAUGCCGCAGCAGACCCAGGCUCUGCAACAGACACCACAACAACAGUUAAACUUGGCUCAACAGCAACAAUUGACUCAGCAGUUACAGCACCUGCAGCAACAGCUACAGCAGUUACAGCAGACUCGGCAGCAGCUUCAACAAUUACAGCAGUCUCCUCAGCAACUCCAGCAGUUGCAGCUGGUACAGCAACAGCUGCAGCAAACACAACAGCAACUACAACAGUUACAAAAACAACUGCAGCAAACGCAACAGCAGCGUCAGUCUGUCCAGCAGUUGCAGCAAAUUCAACAGGUGAUGCAUACUCAGCAGCAGCAACAAAUCAGCCAGUUGACACAGCAGCAGCUCCAACAACUGCAGCAAGCUCAACAGAAACAGCAACUCCAACAGUUACAGCAGUCUCAGCAGCAACUUCAUCCGUUGCAGCAGGCUCCACAACAACAACAGCAUCAGUUGCAGCAGGCUCCACAACAACAACAGCAGCAGCAGUUGCAGCAGGCUCCCCAGCAACAGCAGACUCAGCAGCACCUCCAGCAGUUGCAGCAGACUCAGCAGUUGCAGCAGACUCAACAGCACAGCUUCAGCAGCUGCAGCAGGCCCAGCAACAACAACAGCAGCUGCAGCAGGCCCAGCAACAACAACAGCAGCAGCAGCUGCAGCAGGCCCAGCAACAGCAGCUGCAGCAGGCCCAGCAACAACAGCAGCUGCAGCAGGCCCAGCAACAACAGCAGCUAGCAGGCCCAGCAACAACAGCAGCUGCAGCAGGCCCAGCAACAACAGCAGCUGCAGCAGCAGGCACAACAACAGCAGCUGCAGCAGGCACAACAACAACAGCAGCUUCAGCAGGCCCAACAGCAGCUUCAGCUGCAUCCAACACAACAGCUCCAGCAGCAGUUGCAUCCAACACAGCAACAGCUCCAGCAGUUGCAGCAGACUCAGCAGCAGCCUUCGCAACAGCAGUUGCAGCAGACUCAGCAGCAGCCUUUGCAACAGCAGCAGUUACAGCAGACUCAGCAGCAGCCUUUGCAACAACAGCAGACGCAGCAGCCUUUGCAACAGCAGCAGCUCCAGCAGUUGCAGCAGACGCAGCAGCCUUUGCAACAGACUCAGCAGCAGCUACAGCAGACUCAGCAGCAGUUGCAGCAGACUCAGCUACAGCAGUUGCAGCAGCAGCCUUCGCAGCAGCUCCAGCAGCCUUCACAACAGCAGCAGCUCCAGCAGUUGCAGCAGCAGCCUUCGCAGCAGUUGCAGCAGCAGCUCCAGCAGUUGCAGCAGCAGCCUUUGCAACAGCAGCAGUUGCAGCAGACUCAGCAACAGCAGCAGACUCAGCAACAGCAGCAGUUGCAGCAGACUCAGCAACAGCAGCAGUUGCAGCAGACUCAGCAACUGCAGCAGACUCAGCAGCAGUUGCAGCAGACUCAGCAACAGCAGCAGUUGCAGCAGACUCAGCAGCAGUUGCAGCAGACUCAGCAACAGCUGCCACAGACACUGCAACAGAUGCAGCAAACUCAACAGCAACUCCAGCAGUUGCAGCAAAGCCAACAACAUCAGAAUCAGCAUCGGGCACAGCAGCAUCUUCAACUACAGCAGGCACAGCAACUUCAGCAGUUGCAACAGUCACAACAGCAACAGUUUCCUCAGCUGCAGCAGUCACCACAGACGCAGCAACAUCAGUUGCAAAAUGUCCAAGUGCAACUCCAACAGCAAGCUCAUCAACUGCCUCAAACACAGCAGCUGCAACUUUUGCAACAGGCACAGCAACAGCAGAUACAGCUGUUACAAUCGCAGCAACAGCUGCAGCAUUUGCAGCAAAAACAGCAGCAGCUGCAGACAGUUCAGCAAACACAGCCAUCUAUAGAGACCCAGCAACAAUUACAGCAGAUACAGCAACAAUUACAGCAAACACAGCAGCAUCAACAGAUGCAGUUGUUACAGACACAACACCAGAUUUUGCAGCAAACACAGUUAACAAAACAGCAAGUGAAGCAGUCACAGGGGCCGCAUGCGCAGCAGACAGUGUCUCAGGUACAACAACAUUUACACAUUAGUCAAGCAAGAGUCCAACAAUCACCACAAAUGGAAAACUUAAAUCAACAAAAUGAAGUACACCAGAGCCAGAGUGGAUCACCAUCGCUUAGCCAUCCUCAAAUGCCACAAAAACCAGAACAGGAGAAGCAGGAAUCUUCACAUCCUGGGAACCCAGAGACAAAUGAACACAUUGACCAAUCUCAGGAUUCAAAAGAGACUGAUCAAGCUACCCACCAAAAGGAACCCAUUCUGACGCAGCAGACUCAGUCGGUACAGCUGCAAGCAGGUCAACAGUCAUUAUCCUCUUUCCAAGUGAUGCCACAGCAGGGUCCUGCUCAGCCACACUUGCAGCAAAUUCACCAGACACAGCAAGUUCUCCAGCAGACGCAACACGUGAGUUCUCAGUCACAAGCAGUGCAGCAAGGACAUCAGCCACAAACUCAAGUGUUGCAGCCGUGUCAGCAAGUGCAGCCAACCAAUCUGCAGCAACAAAUGCAGCCCAGCAGAAAUAAAGCACAAAUGCAGCUGCAACAUGUGCAAGUAGCUCAGCAAAUCCAACGUAUGCCCACACAAAAUUCACAACUGAUUCAGCAGAUGGCGCAUCAACAUAACCAAAUACAACAGAUACAGUUAAAACAAAUGCAUCAGAAACAAGCUGUUCAGAUACACCUGCAACAAACACAACCGCAGGCGGCCACCCAGCAAUCCUUUGACGCAAAAACUCAGUUGGCGCAAAAUUUAGCUCAGAUGCCGCAACAGAAUAUCCAACAGCAGUCGCCUCAGGUUCAGCCGCAGCAGAUGUCACAAUUAAAACAGAGUCCCUUGCAGCAUCACAAACAGCUUCAACCUCAUCAGAUUCAGCAAGUGCAGCAAAUUCUGCAGCUGAAGCAACAAAUGCUCAAUCAGCCACCACAGAAACAGCUUCAGUUACAACAGCAGCUUCAGAUGCAUAUACAGCAAUUACGCCAGCAACAAGCGCAGCUGCAGCUGGGGACUCUACAGGAACCAAAGAAAGAGACUCCUGAAACCUCGGCUACGUGUCCUUUUACUGCGGCAACCUCACAAAUAGAAAGUCAAAACGCAUCCGUCAGUGAGCAUGGAAAUGCUACAGAGUCUGGUGGGGAUCCAAAGGCUGCCCAACACAACUUGGCACCAAGAUCAACAGAAGACUCUGAUUUACCAGCUACUACCCCAGUUGAAUUUGCUCAGGGUGAGAAAACUGCCGACGUUAACAAUUCUGAUAAUACAUCAGAUGAGCCACUAAAUCCUGUAGAGGGAUCAAAAGACAUUGAAGCUGUUGUUGAGGUUGGUAGCAAGUCUUGCCCCAAUGAAUCUGGAGAACCUUCCUCCCAGGAGGAGGGCAUGAAAGUUGAUCAGGCUGUUCAAGACGACAAAACUGGUCCUGUUGAUUCUCUUGAGAAUGGAGAAGGGGUUCAGGUAUCCAAGCUUACUGAAGGGUCUGUGGAUGAGAGUGUUUCUGGCAGCGAGGACAUAAAAUGUGAGGCAAAUAGUGAGCCACAAAGUAUUGCAGCCAAAGGAGAAGCCGGACAUCUCCUCCUGCAGAAACUGCUGCGUGCAAAGACGGUGCAGCUUGCAUCACAGCGCUCCUCCGAUGGCAUUCAUGCGGACAUAAAUGGACACAUUGACAAUAAGUUGACUGUUCUGGAGCAGAAACUACAAACUGCACCUUGUAUUAAAGAGGAUAUCUGUUCAAAAAAGACUGUACCCAAACCAAAACGGGCGCAGAAAACCAACGAGAAGGUACCAAACUCCCGCAAAAAGAUUCGCAGGGAGGACAGCCUAAAAUCACCAGAAGCAAUUGUGAAACAGCUCAAGCAGGAGCUUUCUCUGUUGCCUCUGAUGGAGCCUUCAAUUACAGCAAACUUCAGCCUGUUCGCUCCGUUUGGCAGCAGUACGCCAGUUAAUGGGAAAAGCCCACUUAAAGGAUCAUUCGGCAGCGGUGCUCUGGAGAGUAUCCCAGAUUACUACACUCAGCUACUCAGCAAGAACAACCUCAGUAAUCCACCUACACCUCCUUCAUCCUUGCCUCCAACUCCACCUCCUUCCGUACAGCAGAAAAUGGUAAAUGGUGUAACAGCGGCUGAAGAUCUGAAUGAAGCGAAGAAGGAAUCUGAAAGCAGUGCAGAGGCAGAAGUUAAAAAAGGUACAGAUGAACGGAGCUUGGACCUUUUGGCUGCCCUUCCUACUCCCCCACACAACCAAAGCGAGGAUGUCAGAAUGGAGAGUGAUGAGGAAAGUGAUUCUCCUGAUAGCAUUGUUCCUGCGUCCUCCCCAGAGAGUAUUCUUGGGGAGGAUACACAGCGCUUUCCUUCAUUGUGGGAUGUCAAAGAUGAGGAGGAAGAGAGAGCCUUGUCUCCAGUCAUACCGCUCAUUCCUCGUUGUCCUAUACCAGCAUUUCCAGAUGUGAAACCUGCAGAAACCUCGGAGUCUGCUGAUAAAACCAUUUUAAAUGUUCCUGAAGGAACGGUAUCGUGGGAUAAAACGAAGGGCAGUGAGGUGUCUGUCAUGUUAACAUUAUCUGCAGCAGCAGCAGCAAAGAAUUUGAAUGGUGUAGUUACCGCAGUAGCUGGUUUGCUGAGCAUCAAGCUACCAAAUUCUUAUGAAGUUCUUUUCCCUGAGAGUGGUCUAAAAAGUAAUGUCGAAAUAAAGAAACGUUUGGACCCCUCCACAGAAGGUGACACCAGUGACAAGGACAAAUCUGAACCGGCAAAACUGGAGAAUAGCACUGACUGGCUCAAGCAGCUCGAUGCAGUACUUCCCGGUUACACACUGAAGAAUGAGCUGGACAUUAUUACUCUUCUAACACAGGAGGAGACUGAUGUAGAGAAGACUGUAAAUCAUUGUUAUGUUAAUAAUGUGUCCAAUCUGGAUGUUCGCCAACUUCCUGUGUUACCUGAAGAAACGUCUCCUCCUCCCUCUCCAUUUUCACCUUCACCUGCUAGUCCUGUUGAACCUCCUGCUCCUGAACCAGAACCAGUUCCCACUCCUAUACUGUGCCCUCUGCCUCCAACUCAGUCACCAAUUAAUGAGGAAGCUAUGGAAGCAGCCAAAAUUAAGCAAAGGGCGCGCCCCUCUGAGGAAAAUUCGGAAGAAUCCCGGCCAAAAAUGAAGAAGUGGAAAGGUGUUCGUUGGAAGAGACUGCACAUCUUAAUCACUUUCCAAAAAAUCGGCUCGCGUAAUUGCGAGAAGGAGAUUUGCGAGGUAAUAGAAAGACUUGGCACUACUCUAAAGCCUGACACCUUGCCUCCUGAUCUCCGAAAGUGUUGCUUCUGUCAUGAGGAGGGCGAUGGAGCUACUGAUGGAUCUGCACGGCUUCUUAACCUGGAUCUUGAUCUCUGGGUUCACCUUAACUGUGCUUUAUGGUCUACAGAGGUAUAUGAGACCCAAGGGGGUGCUCUGAUUAAUGUGGAAGUGGCACUGCAUCGGGGGUUGCUUACAAAGUGCACCCUGUGCCAGAAAACAGGUGCCACGAAUAGCUGCAACCGCAUACGCUGCCCAAAUGUCUAUCACUUUGCCUGUGCCAUCCGUGCCAAGUGCAUGUUUUUCAAAGACAAGACGAUGCUUUGUCCAGUGCACAAGUUAAAAGGGCCUUGCGAGCAAGAACUGAGUAGCUUUGCCGUCUUCCGGCGAGUAUAUAUUGAACGUGAUGAAGUCAGUCAGAUUGCCAGUAUCAUUCAGCGUGGGGACCGUAUCCACAUGUUCAGAGUUGGAGGACUUGUUUUUCAUGCCAUUGGCCAGCUUCUGCCUCAUCAAAUACAAGACUUUCACAGCGUCACUGCUUUAUAUCCAGUGGGAUUUGAGGCCACAAGAAUAUACUGGAGCAUGAGACAUAGUCAUCGUCGCUGUUCGUAUCGCUGUAGAGUGUGCGAUAACAAUGGUCAGCCAGAAUUCACUGUUCAAGUUAUUGAAUAUGGUUAUGAGGAUGUGGUGCUGAGAGACUCCUCUCCCCAAGCUCUUUGGAAUCGCGUCGCGGAACCUGUUGCACGCAUGAGGAGAGAAACUGGAAUGCUUCGCCUUUUCCCAGAGUAUCUGAAAGGGGAGGAUAUGUUUGGACUGACACUGCACGCGGUGCUGCGCAUCGCCGAGUCUUUACCUGGAGUAGAGAACUGUCAGAACUAUCUCUUCCGGUAUGGUCGACAUCCUUUAAUGGAGCUGCCGCUCAUGAUUAACCCAACUGGCUGUGCCAGGUCAGAGCCCAAGAUUAUGACCCACUAUAAACGGCCUCACACGCUUAAUAGCACUAGUAUGUCCAAAGCCUAUCAGAGCACCUUUACAGGGGAGACAAAUACACCUUACAGUAAGCAGUUUGUGCACUCAAAGUCAUCCCAGUACCGCAGGCUAAAGACAGAGUGGAAGAACAAUGUGUAUCUGGCUCGUUCUCGAAUUCAAGGACUAGGGCUAUAUGCUGCCAAAGAUCUGGAGAAGCACACCAUGGUGAUAGAAUACAUUGGCACUAUCAUAAGAAACGAAGUUGCAAACCGUCGAGAGAAAAUCUAUGAAGAGCAGAAUCGGGGAAUCUACAUGUUCCGAAUUAAUAAUGAGCACGUGAUCGAUGCCACUUUGACUGGUGGUCCUGCUAGGUACAUCAACCAUUCCUGUGCCCCUAACUGUGUUGCUGAGGUAGUCACGUUUGACAGAGAAGACAAAAUCAUCAUCAUCUCUAGUCGUAGGAUACCAAAAGGCGAGGAGCUCACCUAUGACUACCAGUUUGACUUUGAAGAUGAUCAGCACAAGAUUCCAUGUCACUGUGGGGCAUGGAACUGCCGCAAAUGGAUGAAUUGAAAACGGGGAAAAUUCAACUGCCUCCAGUCAUCUUCCUUUGGAAAGCCUAGGAGCCGAGCGUAGAACAUGUGUCUCUACCAUCACUUCAUGACAACUUUUGAAGCCUUCCUGGCAACAGUUACCCAAGCUUAAUGCCUCCUGAUAAUGGAAGGUGUGGUGGUGUCACCAUGUCUGAAGGCUUUUACUGUAGUGGACGGAAGAAACUGCAAGAGAAAGCUCUUCUGCAGAGAACAUUCCCUAAACACUGUAGCCGGGCAUAUGUUUCGUGUAGCACCGCUUUCUUUCUCCAAGUAAGAAAUGCUCCAACUAGGAAGGAAGUUUUGUUUUUUUUUCCCUUUUGAAUUAUUUUUUUUUUCCUAAAUAAUAAUUUUGCGUUCUCUUGAAUGCAUAAAACGGGGAAAAAAAAAAAAAAAAGUCACUAGUUAACAAAGCAGUUUGACAAUCCUAAAUCUACAGGACCCUCCGAGCGCAAAAGAGAGCACAUAAGACUGCAGAAAAAAGAGCACAGGAGAUGCUUUCAUUGAGCGCAAGAGACAGUCCCUCGACUGUUACCGGUCACAGCUACCCAAUCCCAGAGGCACCUGGCCAGCACCUACCUCAUCUGCCUGUCGGAUACUAAUGUGUAUAUGUGACACUCCCACGGCAAUCUAAAAUAGAUAGCACCUCAUAAACAUGGACACAGCUCUUAUGAUGGGACUGUAAAUGCAAACCUAAACCACCCAUCCUCAGACGGUCAUGAAUUUUUUUUAAUUUUUUUUUAUUUUUGACCUCCCCAACUGAAGCUUUGUGACCUGCUCCUUAGCCCUACAAUAUGGCUCCGAGCGGGUAGGAGUGCACUAAGGAUCGUGUUUUCUGCUAACUGCCUGCUUGUGGUCUGUCCUAAAGCAAUCCAUUUUCUGCCCUAUUCUGUGCCUGAAAUCUCGCCCUCCUCUACACAGUACAUGGGACGCGAGGUAGUAGAAACGCCCAGAAUUUGGGAUGGGGUGGAGUAAGCUGCUAUUCACGGCAGCCGACGUGAGUGAGCGACUGACUGUUUACCUUGGUUUAUAUUCUUUCAGCAAUCUGUGUGCUUCACGAUGCUCAGUAAUCACAGUAUUUCUCUAAAGACCCUCUGAAGAAAAAGAAAAAGACAAAAAAUAGGAUAUUAGUAUAUUUUGAUGCAACGGGCUUUCCUUCGAUUCUGGUUUUAGAAAUGCACUGCUGUCUUUCCCGAACACGCUUUAUUUUUAUUUUCUUCACCUGCGGUAUUCUUCUCUCCGGCCUGUAAUUCAUAUCCUGAUUAUUCUUAUUUUUUAGCACAGUACAUGGGGUGGGAAUAGGUGAAGGGGGGUGUUAUUUAUUUGUACAUGUAAUUAUAUUUAUGUAUUACAGCCUUGUGAGGGAAGUACAGGGUCCUUUUCUACGACUGGCAUGGUGUCCUAGAUCUUUGCGUACGCUACACGCUUUGUGAUCAAUGAUCCUACUCUGUAGAAGGGUGAAGUACAGCGACGUCGCAGUCCUCGGCAGUGUAGGUCACAAUCCUCUGGCUUCCAUACUGGUUUCUGAAUAUCUAGGUUACUGCUUCCCGCCCCCCGAGCAGAGAGUAAUCCUUCACCCACUUCUGCCCUGCCAACCUACCAUGGCUGUACCUUCCCCCCCCCCCCCCCCCCCCCACCGCAGCGAUGGCCAUUUACGUUCAGAGCGCACAGAGGAAUCAGUGGCGAUCAGCAUCCAAGGGCAUUUAAAAAAUCGAAGCUAGUGUGAAUAUGAUAGAAAAUUAAGUGCUGUUGCUUUUUAACACAAAGCUGCUUCCACAACUGUUUAAAAGCUGCAAAAUUGUACAAAAUUAAAGAGAAAUGUAAAUAAACCAUAGACAAAAAGCAAAAGACAUAAAAAAUUAAAUGUUGUGCAUAGUCGGACACCGUAUUAUUGAGAAACCACUGGACACUAUGAAAAGCCUGAAAAUAUGAAAUGAAAUGUACCCUUUCAUUUUAAUCCCCCCCUCCUCUUUUUUUUAAACAAUAAAUUUGGAAAGAGCAUUGACCUUUUCGUCGGAAACUGACGGGCCAUCCCUGUCAGACUCUAGAGCUAUUAGAUUAUUCUAGAUACGACCUAUUGUAAUGUAGCUUUUAGGUAAACCCUAUACAGUUUUUAUUUUUUUUAUAUAAAUCUAUAUAUAUAUAAACUAUAAUCCAAACCCAUGCUUGAAAUACUUGAUUUCGUCCCGUCCCCCCCUCCCCCCUGCUUGUAUAAACACUUUCAUUUGCCGUGUUUUUUUUGGGGUUUUUAUUUGAUCUCCAUCUGCAAGUAUGUUUUUCAUCAAAGUGUUUUUCUUUCCAUUUCUUUUUAUUUUUUUUGUUGUUUUUGCGACGAGAUUCCAUAGGGAGCUGUAAUUUGUGCGGUGAGGAUUCUGUACAGAAGAUUUGUCCUUCGUAGAAAAAAAACAAAAAACCCAUAAAAUUAUUCCUUUUUUUUUUUUUUAAGAAAAAAAAAAGAAAAUAAAAACUUGUACGUGGCAUGUUUUGUAUUGAAUAUAAUUUUGAAAUGUAUAUAAUUUAUGUGAAAAGAGGCAAGUAAGAAAAGCUUAAUUGCUUCUUUUUGGUUUGUUUUUAAAGGACAAAUAAAAAUGCAUUUUAAAUACU